UUCAAAAUAUCCUGAGUAAAUUCGAAAUGGAGAAGGCGCCAUUAGAACUUGCUUCCGAAGAACUCUCUCUCUCUAGACUGCGAACUCCCUCUUCUCUCUCUCUAAAAGCUACAACGUCUCGCUUUUCCAAACAACUCUCCCUCUCCCUCUCCCUCUCCCUCUCGCUCUUCCUCUUCUCUAAUCUGCGAACUUGCUCUCUACCUCUAAAGAACGAGCAUUCUCUCUCUUAUCUCUCCUUUUUUUUUUUUUAAACUACAGUUCCACGGUUUCUCACUAUCCCUGCGUUAAAUUCCCAGUAUCUCGCUCUCUAUAAUCCACUUGAAAACCCCAAUAAUUGGCGGAAUGCAAUAACCGAGGCUGAAUCCUUAUCGGUAGGAAAUUUGGAAAAGAGCUGGAGGUGAUUUCUUCCACUAGUCGCCAUAACCUCCGUUUCAAUAAUUGAAAGGAUUCAAUUUCUCUCUGCAAAUUCAGACUGCUACGUGUCAAAUUUCAUGAGCGAAUCUCAUGGCACGUUUCAACUUAUUGAAGAAUUAUUCAUUUUUCAUCACUUUAUUAUCUCUUGGGCCACCUGCUAUCAAUUUGGGACCAAUCUUCUAGAAAAGAUGAUUAGGGUUAGCCUUAUCCAUGAUCCUUUAAAUGGGGGAGGCGGGCAAACUAGACUCUGCAAAUUUCUAGACUCAUGGCAAUGGGAGAAGGGAGAGGGUUCUCAAUGCUAUGUAAAAUGAGGUUCCUGUGGACGCUUUAUGCCAUUCAGAUUGCCAGCGCUUACAGAGAACAAAUAUUGGAACUAAAUUCGAAAAUUGGAGAUUAUGGUCAAGCUGUUCAGGUCUGGGUUUUUUCUGAGAGCACCCAAGAAUUGCUUCUUCAGAGACGAGGCGAUAGCAAGGAUUUGUGGCCAGGUUUAUGGGAUGUUUCAAGUGCCGGCUAUGUAUCAGCUGGUGAUAAAUCUCUUCUAACUGCCAGGAAGCAGCUUAAUAAAGAACUGGGUCUGGACUUACCAGAAGAUGCAUUUGAGUUGAUUUUUGAGUUUCUUCCAGAUGGUGUGACAAGUGAUGGAAAGAGCGAUGUGUAUAAUGUUGUAUACCUGGUCACAACUCUUGCUCCUAUUCCUAUGAAAGCCUUUGAUCUUAAGGGAAAGGAAGUUUCAGCUGUUAGGUAUGUACCUUACAUGGAAUACAAAAGCUUACUUGCGAACAAGACUCAGGAAUAUGUCCCUUAUGAUGUUGCUGGACAAUAUGGUCAAUUAUUCAAUAUAAUUGAGACAAGGUAUAAGGAGGAUAAGAAGGAACGGAGUUUGUCUCUUCAAAAGCAACUUGAUCGUUAUGCUUCGGUCUCCUUUGAUUCUGAGGUGACCGGGCUUUCUCAAGGGGACAUGGAUGCGUUGGUCUAUAUCAUUAAAGCUGCUAGAGUCCUGGAUGAUGUCUUCUAUGAACAGGUGUGGUACAAUAAUCCUACAUUAAGAGAUUGGUUAAAGGAGCAUUCAGAUGACUCAGACCUAGACAAAUUAAAGUGGGCUUAUUAUCAUAUCAACAAGGCUCCCUGGUCAUCACUUGAUGAAAACAAGGCAUUCUUGACAACUGCAGAUUCUGCUGUCAAGUUGCUUAAUAGUUCCAGAAAAUUAGUGUCUGGAUGGAAAGGACUUGAGUAUAGAGCAGCAUUUCCUUUAGAAAAGCCCCCCGGAGCAAACUUUUAUCCUCCAGACAUGGACAAAGAGGAAUUUGAAUCCUGGAAGAGCAGUUUGUCGGAGGAUCAACAGAAAGCUGCAGUAGGGUUUUUCAGCGUCAUUCGGAGGCGCUCGGAUACUUCAUUGUCUAUUGUUCCUUACUCAGAACAAUAUGGAUAUGUGCUCAAAAAAGCUUCUGACUUGCUACAAAAAGCAUAUGAAGUAGCCAAUACUCCAAGUUUGAAGAAACUGCUAAAACUUAAAGCUGCAGCUUUCCUAUCAAAUGACUAUUAUGAUUCAGACAUUGCAUGGAUGGAAUUGGAUUCCAAGGUGGAUAUUACUAUUGGUCCAUAUGAGACAUAUGGAGAUGCACUCUUUGGAUAUAAGGCAACAUUUGAGGCAUUUGUGGGAGUUCGGGAUGACUUGGCAACCUCUGAGCUUAAACUCUUUAGUGAACAUUUGCAGGAAAUGGAAGACAAUCUCCCAAUGGAUGAUAGUUACAAGUCAAAAGGUGUGACUGCUGCUCCAAUACGUGUUAUUCAGCUCUUUUAUACUGCAGGGGAUGUUAGAGGUCCUCAGAUUGUUGCUUUCAAUCUGCCAAAUGAUGAGAGGAUAGUUAAGGAACGAGGAACAUCAGUGGUCAUGCUCAAGAAUCUCCAAGAAGCCAAGUUCGAGAAAAUUCUUCAACCCAUUUCAGACAUUUGCAUCACAGAGGAACAAAAGCAAUACGUUAAUUUUGAUCCCUACUUUACUCACACUAUCUGUCAUGAGUGUGUCCACGGGAUUGGACCCCAUACUAUUACACUUCCUAGUGGUGAACAGUCGACUGUGAGACUGCAACUUCAAGAGCUUCACUCAGCCGUGGAAGAAGCAAAAGCAGAUAUUGUCGGGCUUUGGGCACUUAAAUUCCUUAUUGAUCAGGGAUAUCUUUCGAAAAACCUUACUGUUCCAAUGUAUGUCUCAUUCCUUGCUGGUUGUUUCCGAUCUGUGCGCUUUGGGCUAGAUGAAGCACAUGGAAAAGGACAGGCGCUGAUAUUUAAUUAUAUACUUGAAAAGGGAGGGUUUGUUAUGGACACAAAUGGAGCAUUUUCUGUUGAUUUUUCUAAGGUUGAAGGUGCAGUCGAAAGCUUGAGUCGAGAAAUACUGACCAUACAGGCACAAGGUGACAAACCUGCAGCAGCUUCACUUCUUGACAAGUAUGGCCAACUAGCGCAACCACUAAGCCAAGCUUUGGACAAACUAGAAAAAAUUCAGGUACCUGUGGAUAUUGCACCAAAGUUUGAGUAUGCGGAAAAGAUAUUGAAUGAGUAGAGUAAAUUACGUAUAUGUAAUCAGUGCCCAAUAUAAUAAAUAAAAUAAAUGGUGUUCUAUGUAAGCAAAUGUGGAUUUUGCUGGUCCAAUGAAUCUAUGUUAAGGCAAUGCACCAAGUUAUUGUAUUAAUAUAUUUUACUCGUGUUCCUCUCACU